AUGCCACCAAGGUCAAACAAUGGCUCCUCAAGCCGACAGCCACCGGAGCAGCAACAACAGCAGCCACAUGACCGUGAUUUCGGGCCCGGAUGGGACAAUACCGUCCCGCGGAUCCCUGCUUUGCCAAACAACGGCUUCAACGUGCCUGUCCAGGCGGGACCAUCGAAUGCGGUGCCUCCUCAGAUGGGCCAACAGCAAGCCCCGUUACCGGUGUCGAACAUGAUGCCGAACCAGAACUUCAACCCGCCGCCGGCGCAGUUCGUGGACCCUAACAACCACCAGAAUAACAGCCAUCGAAACAACAACCAACCGCUCCGCUGGGCCAAUCCAUACCAGCCCCAAGACCAGGCUCAGCCCCGUCCCGCGGGCCCAUCCCAGCCAGCAAAGCGCGGGCGGCCCCGCAAACACCUCGACGAGGAAGACCAAGACGGAGGACAAAGAGCACCAAAACGACCCAAACUCCAGCAAACCCCCUGGCAACCGCCCCUCAUGCGCAUCACGCACUCCCCCCAGGUCGGCCAGCACAACCCCAUCGACAACACGUGCGACCACUGCCGCGCCCGCCCCCACGAGAACCAGGGCUGCAACGUCGACCUCGCCAACCAGAUCGAGUGCCACCGCUGCACCCGCUACCGCGCCCUCGUCGACCCGAACCACAUCUGCAAAGUCCUCGGCCGGGAACACUGGCAGAAGCGCUUCGCCAAUUCCCGGCCGUCGUACCCGAUCACCGAGACGAGCUCGAGCGUCUGCGAGCGGUGCAAGACGCACCAGGGCAGCGGGCGGAUCGUGCUGUGCGAUAUCGACGACCGGGUCAAGAUUGGGUGUACGCCGUGUAAGAAUGACCAGGCGCUAUGUCGGGUGUACGACGAGCAGAAGGUGAGCGGCGAGAAGCCGGACGUGGAUCAGCCGGCGGAGGUGAUGUGGAACCGGCCUAUGCCCGGAGACGGCACCGUCCCCGCGGGUCGGCGGCCGUGGUGGCGGCAGAUGUGUCAGGGGUGUCAGCCCGGCAAGACGAAGCCGUGUUCCUGGAUCCGGGACUUCCGGCUGAGGGAGUACAAGUGCACGUCGUGCGUCGAGAAGAACAUACCAUGCGUGGACCCCUGGACGGCGGCCACAUACGAUACGCCGUACACGUGGGCCCCCGGGGACGGGGACAAGAUUGUCUACGACAAGGGGACCAAGCUCCGAGAUGGCAGGCACCGGUGCACCAACUGCGCGACGAACCAAGCCAUGUGCCGGUCCCUCACCGACGAGGAAGACUUUGCACGCAACGGAACGGAUGGCGUGGAGCAGCCAGAGUAUUACAUGGCUCUCGGGUACGGCCCCAAGGGUAUUGACGAUGAUCGGACGUUGUGCUUAGAGCAGAAUCUCCUCGGGCCAAAUAGACCGAGGUACGCGGUUAUGACGGACCCUGCAGCUGCUGCGGCUGCCGUUGCAGCUGCCGCCGUCGCUGCCGGUGCCAACCCGGCUAAUGCUCCGGGUCCUGGUCCCCUCAAAGUUGGAAAUGCUCCCAUGGCGGCGCAACAGAACCCACGUCAGUUCGGAGGUGUCGUCGGCAACGGGCCCGGCGGCUGCGGCGUGGCCCCACUGCCGCGGCCCAUGGCGGCGGCCGGACAGCAAGGUUUCGCCGCACCGCCCGAUCCAAUGGCGUACCACGACCCGGGCUUCCCCUACCGCAACCAAGGCCACAUCCGUGACCAACACAACAACAUGAUGUACGGCGACAACAACGCGGCCGUCGCGGCAAAUCAGACGGGCGGAGGGUUCUCCGACUGGGUAAGCGGCUACAACGCAAGCAACAACCAAGCCGGCCCAAACCAAAACGCCCAACUACCUCUGUUCGAAGGCCAGGCGCAGAACCAGGGUGAUGUCCAGUACAUGAUGGGCAAUGGGUACGAUAUAAACCCCGAAAACCUGGUCCAAAUGACAGAGGCACAGCCGGUCCUCAUUCACCCACAGCUCGAAGUCGACCCCCAACGCGAACAAUCCGAUCUCGCCCGCGGAAUCUGUGACUUCAUGGCCCAACUAGCCCGAGACGGCCGCUUCGUGCCCAUCGAGCUCCGCAACUUCCAACCCCCCGAAGUAGCCGAAACCCCCGCCGCCGCCCGCAUCGGCCCUCCCGCCCUCGUCAUCCUCGAACUCACAGACCAAGACGCGGCCGAAACGCCCCGCGAACCACCAGGACCGCCAACAUGGAACCCGGGCCCCUACGAACCCCAACUCCGCGCCGCUCUCGCACGAUGGAAACGCCCGGCCAACGACGUCUUCCACGACAUACCCGACGCCUCCCUCCUAAACGGCGCCCAACCAGACAACCAGCCCUGCGAGGAGGUCAAGCCCGGCGCACCGGGUAACAUCUGCAACGCCCACGUCCCCGACGGCGCCCACUGCGAAAACCUAGAACACGCCGCCGCGCAGCCUAAACCGCACGUCGUCUGCGAGUGCUGCGACCUGACCUCCAAGAAGCACCUCUUCGAGGGCCCGCAACCCCUGACGCGCAUGGAGUUCCUCAACAUGCGCAACUACGCCUGCGGCGGCUGCACCCACACGCGCCAGGCCGACGUGCGGUUCGGCGGCAGGAUGCCCUACGGUCAGCUCGCGAACCCGCUGCACCCCGUGACUGGUUGCCUCUGCGCCAGGAAGCUGCUCGGCCGGCGGCUGUGCUCGCAUCACCGGUACCAGCUCACGCAGCGGCUCAUGAUUCAGGUGUCCAUGGUGAUCGAGUGGGCGAUUACCAACUUUGGACCGGACAUGUGUCUGUUUUGUAAGCAGGGUGGCCAUCUCGCCAGGAGCAUGGCGGAGUCGGAGAACGGGAUAAUGGAUGAUGUGUUGUACGUGUGCCUGAAUUGUGAGGGCAUCGUCUGCGUGAACGGCCCGAAGGAGCUCGUUCCGGGCGUCGAGGAGUGGAUUGGCGGGUGUCAUCCGGUUUCCCUCUACUCGGAGCCGUGGCUGCAGGCGCCUAUGCAGGACAUAGAAUGGGACGCCUGA